AGCCCAGCAAUUUAGCCCAGCAAUUGCUGGCCUGUGCCGGCAAUUUAGAAAUUCAUGCUGUCUUUUAUGAUAUUUAUACAUAUUCAGGAGUGCUUUCUGUUUCUAUCACUUUCAGUGGACUCAUCAGCUUUUCAGUCGUCAUAGAGAGGACCAUAAAGUGCAUCAUGAGUCACACUAACCUUACUGUCUUCCAUCCUGCAGUUUUUGUCCUACUUGGCAUUCCUGGGUGGGAGGCUUAUCACAUUUGGCUGUCAAUACCUCUUUGCCUCAUUUACAUCACUGCAGUCCUGGGAAACAGCAUCCUGAUAGUGGUUAUCAUCAUAGAACGUAACCUUCAUGAGCCCAUGUAUUUCUUCCUCUCCAUGCUGGCCGUCACGGACAUCCUGCUGUCUACCACCACUGUGCCCAAGGCCCUAGCCAUCUUUUGGCUCCAUGCCCAUAACAUUGCUUUUGAUGCCUGUGUCACUCAAGUCUUCUUUAUUCAUAUGACGUUUGUUGGGGAGUCAGCUAUCCUGUUAGCCAUGGCCUUUGACCGCUUUGUGGCCAUUUGUGCCCCACUGAGAUAUACAACAAUGCUAACAUGGCCUGUUGUGGGAAGGAUUGCUCUGGCCAUCAUCACCCGAAGCUUCUGCAUCAUCUUCCCAGUCAUAUUCUUGCUGAAGCGGCUGCCCUUCUGCCGAACCAACAUUGUUCCUCAUUCCUACUGUGAGCAUAUUGGAGUGGCUCGUUUAGCCUGUGCUGACAUCACUGUUAACAUCUGGUAUGGCUUCUCAGUGCCCAUUGUCAUGGUCAUCUUGGAUGUGAUCCUCAUUGCUGUGUCUUACUCACUGAUCCUCCGAGCAGUGUUUCGUUUGCCCUCCCAGGAUGCUCGGCACAAGGCCCUCAGCACUUGUGGCUCCCACCUCUGUGUCAUCCUCAUGUUUUAUGUUCCAUCCUUCUUUACCUUAUUGACCCACCGUUUUGGGCGUAACAUUCCUCAACAUGUCCAUAUCUUGCUGGCCAAUCUUUAUGUGGUGGUGCCACCAAUGCUGAACCCCAUUGUCUAUGGUGUGAAGACCAAGCAGAUACGUGAGGGUAUAGCCCACCGGUUCUUUGACAUCAAGACUUGGUGCUGCACCUUCCCUCUGGGCUGAUGGAUCCUCAUGAAUCUUCAUGUCCAGCUCCUUCAAGGAAGCUAGAUGUGAAAUACAGAGAUUUCCUGGACUGAGAAGGCUUUUCUUCCUCUUCUUUCUAUUUCACCCUCCCCCCCCACUUUCCUUUCUUUUCUUAAAAUUCUUUUUCCUUCUCCUGUUUGUUUUCUCUAAUCUCUUUGCACAUUCCUCUCUACAACCCAGAAGUAAUAACUAAGUGUACAUGCCUCUAAUAUGAGGCUUUGGUACCCUCAGUAGACUAGAUAGAUGCCAGAAGCACAGGGAGCUGAAUACCACAUGAAAUGAGGUUAUAAAGAAGUAGAUAAAAAUAAUUUUAUAUUUACUAUCUGAAGGAGUUUUAAUUAAAAAAAAAAAUCCCAAAUGUGCAUUGUUCCUUUAGCCAUCUGGAAAAACUUCCUCUCCUUCAAAUUUUAGUUCAAGAACUGCCUUCCCUGAGAAGUCUUUUCUAAUUUUUCCAGGCAAGUUAAGGGUCCUAUCUUUGCACGUCUAGUGCAUCUUGUACAAAUCUCCAAAUGUGCAUGAUAAGUUGUAAUGUAAUGAAUUGUUCGUUCAUUUGUACCUUCAGCCGACUGUAAACUCCUUGAAAUCAGAAGAGUAUAUAUUAUUCAUAUUUGUACCCCCAAUGCAUUACAGAAUGCCUGACACAUACUAAAUGUUUGAAAAAUGAUUGGGAGCACAAUUGUCUCCUUGAGGUCAUAACAGGCGUCUUUAUGGUAUACUGGAAUGACCAGCUAAAUUAGUCCACAAAACUAGUGAUUAGUAAACCCUCUCCUCAUGAAGGCAGUUUGGCAUAAUUAAGGCAAAUCAACUGCUGAUUUGCAGUACUUCCCUCUGCUACAACUCAGAGUCCAGGGAACAGACAAAGUAAGAGGAAACAGGUUACUCUUGAUUCUCUCUUAUAUCUGGUUUUUGACCAGACCCAGAAUUAGGAAUUAUAGCACAUUAUUCAUGGCCAGUUUGCCAAAAUUGGAGUACUCUCUUGGGAUUCACAGUCUCGACUCUCAUUUUUUCAUGUUUUUCCAGAAAAGGUCAUGUAUACUCAUUUCUUUAUCACCAACACUGAUGAGUCCCACAUCCCUCUCUCUAGCCUAAAACUCUCUUUUGAGUGUUAAACACACAAAUCCACCUAUUAACUGGUUAUUCCUCCUAGGAUGUAGAACUCCCACUCCACUUUUCUUUCUACGUUUCAUUUAUUGGGAACUAGAUUAUGAUGAUCCCAUCACCUUCACUGAGCUGGAAACCCUGUAGUCUUUUUCAACUUCCUCCUCUUAGGGCUGAUGAUCAAAAAGUAAUUGGUUGAUUAUAUAUUGAUAGUGCCACUAAAUAAGUAUGUGAAUAGUAUUUGGACUCAUAUCAGGACUCAAGUCUUGUCACCAUCAUUUUCUAGCUGUGUGAACUUGCAUAGUUCAUUUAACAUUUUUAGUCCUCAAUUUCUAAAUCUACAAAAUGGGUACCUUAGAGGUUACCUUCACAGAGUUAUUUAGAAGAUUAAAUAAAAUAAACCUUAUGACUAUAUUUAACAUAAUUCUUUGCUCAUAGUUUCUGAGAAGUAUUAUGCUAAUACUUAUUAGUACCAUUAGUCUUUUCAACAUAGCCUCUACC